AUGAUGUCACUAAAAAAUAUUAUAAAAAUAACGUUAUUUAAAACCAAGAUAAAACAAAGAAGAGUUUGUAAUAGAACAAUACAAACUUAUAGUAAUGAUAAUGGUGAUAAUGUAAAUAGUAAUAAGUAUGACGUUAUUGUAAUUGGUGGUGGACAUGCUGGUACUGAAGCUUGUGCUGCUGCAGCAAGAAUGGGCGCUAAGACACUACUUGUUACUCAUAAAAAAAGUACAAUAGGUGAAAUGUCUUGUAAUCCAUCAUUUGGUGGCAUAGGCAAAGGGAAUUUAGUUAGAGAAGUCGAUGCACUUGAUGGCGUUUGCGGCCGUAUUUGUGAUAAAUCAGGAGUCCAUUAUAAAAUUUUAAACCGACGUAAAGGACCAGCUGUCUGGGGUCUCAGAGCACAAAUUGAUCGCGAUCUUUAUAAAAAGCAUUUACAAGCUGAAAUAUUUAACACAGACGGAUUAGAAAUACGUGAAUCUUCAGUUGAAGAUCUUAUUUUACAACGCGAUUUUAAUAAAUGCUGCGGUAUUAUUUUACAGGACGGUACGAAAAUAUUUAGCGAAACUGUAGUAAUAACAACGGGUACAUUUUUAAAAGGGCAAAUAAAUAUUGGCUUAGAAAAACGUCCAGCUGGUAGAAUAGGCGACGAACCGAGUAUAGGACUGGCAAAUACUCUAGAAGAAUUAGGUUUUCGUAUGAGCCGUUUAAAAACAGGAACACCUCCACGUUUAAAAAAAUCAACGAUUGAUUUUACGAAUUGUAUUGUGCAGUCUCCAGAUGAAGUACCAGAACCAUUUUCAUUUAUGAAUGAUCGCGUGUGGAUAAAUCCUCAUGAUCAAUUGCCGUGUUAUAUUACUCAUACAAAUGAACAAGUUGGUAAAAUAAUACGGGACAAUUUGCACUGUAAUAGCCACGUAACUGAAGAAGUAACGGGACCACGUUAUUGUCCAAGCAUUGAAAGUAAAAUAUUAAAAUUUAAAACAUCAGUACAUCAGGUAUGGCUUGAACCAGAAGGAUUACAAUCAGAUAUUAUUUAUCCCGGUGGAUUAUCGUGCACAUUACCAGCAGACAAACAACAAGAACUAGUUAAUUGUAUUUCAGGAUUAGAAAAAGCUGAAAUAGUACGUCCUGGUUAUGGUGUAGAGUAUGACUUUAUAGAUCCACGAGAAUUAACUUAUCAAUUGGAGACACGUAAAAUAAGUGGAUUAUUUUUAGCUGGGCAGAUAAAUGGAACAACGGGAUAUGAAGAAGCUGCUGCACAAGGAAUAAUUGCUGGUGCUAAUGCUGCUGCUAAAGUUCUGAACAAACCAGCUCUGAUUGUUAAUCGCACUGAAGGUUAUAUUGGUGUUUUAAUUGAUGACUUGACAUCACGUGGUACUACUGAACCCUAUCGUAUGUUUACAAGUCGUGCAGAAUUCCGUUUGAGUUUGAGACCAGACAAUGCUGAUUUAAGAUUAACAGCCAAAGGAUUCAAAACUGGUUGUGUAUCUCAACAACGUAUGGAGAAAACUGAUAAAUUACAAAAAAAGCUACAAGAAGGUAUUGCACUUCUUAAAUCUGUUGUUAAAUCUCAAAAAGAAUGGUUGGAGUUGUUAAAUAUAACAAGAACAAAAGCUGGAAAAUCUAAAAGUGCGUUUACUGUUUUAUCAAGUUCUAAUUAUGAAAUUAAUUUUGAAGAUCUGAUCGAAAAAAUGCCCAACGAGUUUGGACAUUUUGGGGGAGAUAGAUUUUUAUCACGUCGAUUUAAGAUUGAAGCGACUUAUGAAUAUUCUAUUGAAGAUCAGUUAGAUGAAGUUGAAAGGAUACGUAAGCAUGAGAAAAUGAUCAUACCAACGGAUUUUGAUUAUGAAAAAGUAAAUAUGUCGGCGGAAGACAGAGAAAAACUUACAGCAAUGCAACCGCAAACGGUUGCGGCAGCGACUAGAAUACCCGGAGUCACUCCAGCAGCAACAUUGAGAAUAGUUAAACAAAUUCAACAGAAUGAACGCAGUGUAUACAAAAGACAUCGAUGAUAUAUAUUAAUUAAUUAUUUAAUUAAAAAAUUAAUAAAUAAAUGUAAAUAAU